GAUAAUGGUCCCCAGUAUACCAGCCGAGAGUUCACAGAUUUCACCACAUAAUGGGAAAUUAAACACGUCGCAUCCUCACCUUACCAACCAUGCCAGACCUAGACGUUGGUCAAGAAUUCAGAGUUCGGGGUCAAAAAGGGGGGAAAAAGUACGCAGAAACAGAGAAGAGAUCAGGCCACGUUUAGAUGUAGAGGAAAGGAACAGUGCAAAUAAUCCAGAAACAGAAGUGAGCCUGGACGCUGAAAGUGGUCAACAUGAGUCAACGGUACCAGUAGAGCCCGAACCUAACGGGUCGCAGAGAAGAAGUUCAAGAUCAAUAACGGCCACAGCAGAAUGUAGCGUAAACCAAAGGAGAAGUUCGAAGACAAUCAAAGCACCGGCUAGAUAUAAAGAUUAUCUCUGA